AAGAACCGAUUUCUGCUGUAAGAGUCAAUAAUAACUUCCAACGACCCAACUGCUCCUCUGCUCCCCUCAGUCAUUAUUCUCCUCCCCCAUUUCUCUCUAUGCUAAUUUGUUUCUUCUUCUCUGUUUGGUUGAAGGAGAAAUUGUGGAUGUGGGUAAUGAAUGGAGAAUUGGGUGUCUUGCUCUCUUGCUCAGACUAAUUUCUUGUGGGGUUUCUCUGGUUUUUGGGCACCCUAAUGGAGGGUUAGGGUUUUCCUAUUGAAUCAUCGGCUUCAAGAUUUGAUUUUGGAGUAAGCUAUUGCUCACAGUUUAAUCAAGUAGGGUCGUGGUUUGGUCACGAGCCCUUUAUAAGGUUUCCAGGGGAGCUAUGGUGGGAGGGAAGCUGGUCCCUCAUCAAUCUGUUCUCCUAAUUGCUUGUGUUGUUCUGCAGCUUGUGGCUUCACAAACUAUAACUAACAACUCAGUUAUUAAUGGUAAUACUUCAAAGAACGAAGAUCACAAUGCACCAUGCCCUCCUGGAUGGACUAUCAGUCCAAAUAAGAGCAAGUGCUUUAGGUAUAUGGAUAGCUCCCAAUCAUGGAAUGAGUCAGAGACCAGUUGUCUUCAACAGUAUGGACAUUUGGCAGAAUUGGCAUCAUAUGGGGAACUAAGAUUUGCUCAGAACCUAUGUGGUCAAAGUGUUAAUGGCUGCUGGGUUGGAAGAAGAGCUACCAACUCUAGUUCCAGCCUUGGUUGGAAGUGGUCAGAUAACACGUCUUACUGGAAUGUGUCAAUGUUUCCUAGAGUGCCUUCACCCCCCAAUUGCUCCAAUUUGUCAUGCCUGGUUAAUGAUUCAGUUGAUUUGUGUGCAUUGGUUAAAAAUGGAUUGACACUCCUUGUUGCUGAGAGAUGUAAUGCAUCACAUGCUUUUUUGUGCAUGCUUGAUACUGAGGACAGAUGUUACCACAUGCACUGCCACAGGGAAUAUCUUAUUAUCCUUGCAGUUGUUAGUGGGUUGAUCCUCUGCACAACGUUAGCUGUUGUGGUUUGGCUCCUUGCAUAUAGACGGAGCAAGAGGCGCAAAAGAUCUAGAAAAUUAUCCAAUGCCACAACCUCUGCGUUAGUUCCCCCCUCAUGGAAGAUCUUUACUAGUGAUGAACUGAGGUCAAUUACAAAGAAUUUUAGUGAAGGAAAUCGUCUUCUUGGAGAUACCAAAACAGGUGGCACAUAUAGUGGCCUUCUACCCGACGGAUCGAAGGUGGCAGUUAAGAGGUUGAAGAGAUCUAAUUUUCAAAGGAAAAAGGAAUUUUAUUCUGAGAUUAGGAGGGUUGCAAAGCUUCACCACCCAAAUUUGGUUGCUGUGAAAGGAUGCUGCUAUGAUCAUGGUGACCGAUACAUUGUUUAUGAAUUUAUAGCAAAUGGACUCCUUGACAGAUGGCUACACCAUAUACCAAGAGGUGGUCGGAGCUUGGAUUGGGCCAUGAGAAUUAAAAUUGCUACAACUCUUGCUCAGGGAAUUGCUUUCCUGCAUGACAAGGUUAAGCCACAUGUUGUGCAUCGGGAUAUACGUGCCAGUAAUGUACUGCUGGAUGAAGAGUUUGGAGCCCAUCUGAUGGGAGUUGGUCUCUCAAAGAUUGUUCCAUGGGACGUGAUGCAUGAGAGGACUGUGAUGGCAGGUGGUACCUAUGGAUAUCAUGCCCCAGAGUUUGUAUACAGAAAUGAGCUCACAACAAAGAGCGAUGUCUAUAGCUUCGGAGUGCUGCUUCUUGAAAUUGUAACUGGGCGUAGGCCUGCACAGCAAGUUGAUUCAGUAGGCUGGCAGAGUAUAUUCGAAUGGGCAACCCCUUUGGUGCAGGCACAUCGUUAUCCAGAGCUCUUGGAUCCUCUCAUAUCUUCUUCAUCAUCUGACAUUCCCGAAGCCAGUGACAUUCAGAAGGUUGUAGACCUUGUAUAUGCUUGUACACAGAAUGUCCCUUCUAUGCGGCCCAGAAUGUCUCAUGUUGUUCAUCAACUGCAACAACUGGCCCUGCCAUCUGUUUCGAAGUAAUUUACGUUUACCUUGAGCUUUAGUCAUUGCUAGUGCUAACUCCAAGUCAUCUAGUUCUUGGGGUUUUAGUUUUUCUGAAGAAUAGGUUAGAGCUAACAUAGUUCUAGCAGACUGAAUGAGAUUAUGCUGUUUUAUUUGUAUUUGAGGAGGAAUGCUCCAUCCAGGACCACAAAUGGUAGUAAAAUGUAAAACAGAGGAUUUCUGUAAUCAAUCACUGUCACUAUAUUAGAAAUAUUAAAGAGAAUUGAUCUAUCGUACCUAGGCUAUGCAAGAUCAGUUUAACAU